AUGUUCAAUGCGCUAGAACUUCAAGGCUUCUAUUUGUGGACAAUCUCUUUACUGAUCUUCAGUCCACCCGUUUCAGAUGGCCGUGUGCGAAUGUGCCCUCCAGGUGGUAGCAGCUUUACGAUGGCUUGGUCAAUGGCAUGCACAAUGCGACGAAAGCGGGACGUUAUGCAGGAAAAGCGAAUUUGUAAAACACAUCGAUGA